AUGCAAGCAAUUAAAUGUGUAGUUGUAGGUGAUGGUGCGGUUGGUAAAACAUGUCUUUUAAUUUCUUAUACAACUAACGCUUUUCCUGGAGAGUAUAUCCCAACAGUUUUCGAUAAUUACUCAGCUAAUGUUAUGGUUGAUGGUAAACCAAUUAAUCUUGGCUUGUGGGAUACUGCUGGUCAAGAAGAUUAUGAUCGUUUACGUCCACUUUCAUAUCCUCAAACUGAUGUUUUCUUAAUUUGCUUUUCAAUUAUUUCUCCAUCAUCAUAUGAAAAUGUUUCAGGUAAAUGGGGACCAGAAGUAUUUCAUCAUGCUCCAAAUGUUCCAAUCAUUUUGGUUGGUACAAAAAUGGAUAUGAGAGAAGAUAAGGAAACUCAAGAUAGAUUAAAAGAAAAGAAACUUUAUCCAGUUUCCUAUGAACAAGGUCUUUUAAAAAUGAAAGAAAUUAAUGCUUUCAAAUAUCUUGAAUGCUCUGCUCUCACUCAAAAAGGUCUUAAAACUGUUUUCGACGAAGCUAUUAGAUCUGUAAUUAAUCCACCAGUUAAAAAAUCAAAAAGUAAAAGUGGAUGUAAUAUCUUGUAA